AUUAUCUUUUGCAAACCGUAAAUGACUCGCAAAAAUUGCUUGGAUUACAAAGCUGACUACAACGACUGCUCUUGGCAUAUCAUUACUUCAAUUGAAUGAAAGACCUACGAUACUGGCAGGCAAGCGGCAGUAGGGUCAAGAUCUUUAGAAGAGCACAAGGCGUUUGUAGAGUUCGUAUUAAAAACAAGAUGCUGCAAGUGCUUUUAGCGUGGAUCUGGUUUCUGUGCUUAGGAACAGUUAAAUCAGAAGCCAACGACCAGAAAUGGGACAGAUUACUUGUGGGAUUUCCAAAAUUCUCGAAAAUGCCUUUGAAUGAGCUUGAUGCAGAAGCAGCUGGAUGGAUAAAGGAUGGUUGUUGCGAUGAACAAAAUGAUUAUGUUGGAAAUCGCUAUCUAAAAGACAACGACACGUCGACACGUUUGAUCUUUGGAAUUGAUGGGACUAUAGCUGGAAUACAAACGACAAUAACACCAACGAAAAUCUACCCUGGUCAAUCCAGCUCAUCGCCUUGGAUAAGAGUGAACAAGGACGAGGCGAUAGCGACAGCUUACUUUCGAAACCCAGCAACAAUUUGUAACAAAAUCAACUCUUGUGAGGCAAAACCAACUUUUGGUCAUGAGCUGUACAUUCAAACCAAAAGCUGGUUAACAAAAGAAGGAAAGAAAAUGAUUAAGAUUCCAACUAGUGGUCUGAAAAAUACGGCCUGGGUGAAAGGAAGAUGUUUUAAGAAUAUGGGAAUGCACUAUUGGUUCAAUAUUUCCCAGAACUUGAAAUGUGAAGAAAUCUUUCCAAUAUUUCUGUUGUUUGAUGACGCAAGCGAGAAGUUGAAGUCCUUUGGAUGGGCGGUACCCAUAAAAAUUAACAGUACAAUGUGGGAACAUCCACCACAAAAAUAUUUCGGGUUUUUCUUUAAAAAGCUGACCGAUAUUCCACGAUGCUUGAUGGACAAUCAUAUCUCAACUCAACAUGUUUAUCUCACUGACCCAGCGAAGUUGACGUGUGUUAAAAGACUUUAAAUGCAAUUUAACGGGCAAUGCGUAA